AUGAGUGUUAAGGGAACUCAUCCGAAGAAAAUAUCGUCAAAGUCCUGCAGGGCAAUUUCUUCAGCCGUGGGGCUAUUGAUGCUCCUGGCAUUUGUGGCAUACACCAGUCGCGAUGCGGUGCACAGGUAUGGUUCGUGGCCCCAUAGGGACAACGAGAUAUUCGAAGGCGUCGGAGAAGGCGAGGAAACGUCGACUGCGUCUCGGAUUGCAACAGCACAAGCAGUAAAGACCUCGGGCGCAGCUGCCAGCUUGGACGACUCCAAAGAGGUGGAGCAGAUUUUCUCAGAGAUCAAGCUCGAAAUCGGCGAGUCCGGUAGCCAUACGAGUCUGAGAAGAGCAUCGGCAACCCGUGUGGCCACCCCAGCAGAGAUUGUCACAACCGAGGUCGUCCACGGACCCCAUAACUACAAUCCACUUGGCCCGAAUUUUGACCUGGUGCUGAGUUUCCACGAAAUCCUCAAUGCAUCGCCCGUGGUGGUCUUCGUGAACUCCAACGAGGAAUCACAGCAGUUGCGAGCGCUUCUGCAGAACCACUACGAGAUCUCGCCUCCACCAGCGAUGGUGGACCUCGAAAAACACUCCAAGGGCGCACAGCUGGAGUCCUUCAUCGAAAAUAACAAAUUGGAGCGUCCUGCGGACGAUGAAAGCCCAAAAGAAGACCACAAAGGGGCACACGAUGCUCCUUACCUGUUUAUCAACGGCCAUUCCGUGAUAAACACGGAUUUCCAGUCCGAUAUUCACAAUUUGCAUGUCCACAACACACUUCUGGAUAAGUUGAGGUCUGUGGCCGACGGAAACGUAAUGAUCCACCGCAACAACGUCCCAUCAAACUCAUAG